AUGGCCUGUCCCUGGCACUUUCUGUUCAAGACCAAAUCCUAUAAGUUUGAUUUGACUGAGGAAAUGGAUAUCAACAACAAUGUGGACAAAGCCCCUGUUUCCUUCUGCAGUCCAGUGACACAGGACGACUCCAAAUGUCACAGCCUCGGCAAGCACCGGAAUGAGUCUCCCCAGCCCCUCCCGGGGACAGCAAAGCAGUCUCCAGAAUCCCUGGUCAAGCCGGCUGCACCCCCAUCGGCUGGCCCACGGCAUGUGAGGAUCAAAAACUGGGGCAACGGGAUGACUUUCCAAGAUACACUUUACCGCAAGGCCAAAGGGGAUCUCGCUUGCAAGUCCAGGUCUUGCCUGGGAGCCAUCAUGAGCCCCAAAAGUUUGACCAUAGGACCCAGGGACAAGCCUACCCUCCCAGACGAGCUUCUACCUCAAGCUAUUGAAUUUGUCAACCAGUAUUACGGCUCCUUCAAAGAGGCAAAAAUAGAGGAACAUCUGGCCAGGGUGGAAGCGGUAACAAAGGAGAUAGAAACAACAGGAACCUACCAGCUGACGGGAGAUGAGCUCAUCUUCGCCACCAAGCAGGCCUGGCGCAACGCCCCACGCUGCAUCGGGAGGAUCCAGUGGUCCAACCUGCAGGUCUUCGACGCGCGGAACUGUUCCACGGCCCAGGAGAUGUUCGAGCACAUCUGCAGACACAUGCGUUAUGCCACCAACAAUGGCAACAUCAGGUCGGCCAUCACCGUGUUCCCCCAGCGGAGCGACGGGAAACAUGACUUCCGGGUCUGGAACGCCCAGCUCAUCCGGUACGCCGGCUACCAGAUGCCUGAUGGCACCAUCAGAGGGGACCCUGCCAGCGUGGAGCUCACCCAGCUGUGCAUCGACCUGGGCUGGAAGCCCAAGUACGGCCGCUUCGAUGUGGUGCCUCUGGUCCUGCAGGCUGAUGGCCAUGACCCUGAGCUCUUUGAAAUCCCUCCCGACCUUGUGUUUGAGGUGCCCAUUGAACACCCCAAGUAUGAGUGGUUCCGGGAGCUGGAGCUGAAGUGGUAUGCCCUGCCGGCCGUAGCCAACAUGCUGCUCGAGGUGGGUGGCCUUGAGUUCCCAGGGUGCCCCUUCAACGGCUGGUAUAUGGGCACGGAGAUCGGAGUCCGGGACUUCUGUGACGUCCAGCGCUACAACAUCCUGGAGGAAGUGGGCAGGAGGAUGGGCCUGGAAACACACAAGGUGGCCUCACUCUGGAAAGACCGGGCUGUCAUUGAGAUCAAUGUCGCUGUGCUCCACAGUUUCCAGAAGCAUAAUGUGACCAUCAUGGACCACCACUCGGCUGCAGAGUCCUUCAUGAAGUACAUGCAGUAUGAGUACCGGUCCCGAGGGGGCUGCCCAGCUGACUGGAUUUGGCUGGUACCCCCAAUUUCUGGAAGCAUCACCCCCGUGUUCCACCAGGAGAUGUUAAAUUAUGUCCUGUCCCCCUACUACUACUACCAGGUGGAGGCCUGGAAAACCCACGUCUGGCAGGAUGAGAGGCGGAGACCCCGGAGAAGAGAGAUUCGAUUCAAAGUCUUGGUCAAAGCCGUGCUCUUUGCCUCAGUGCUGAUGCGUGAGACAAUGGCUUCCCGGGUCAGAGCCACGAUCCUCUUUGCAACAGAGACAGGAAGAUCAGAAACACUGGCCCGGGACCUAGGGGCCUUGUUCAGCUGUGCCUUCAACCCUAAGGUUCUCUGCAUGGACGAAUACCGGCUGAGCCAUCUGGAGGAGGAACAGCUGCUGCUGGUGGUGACCAGCACGUUUGGGAAUGGAGAUUCCCCCGGCAACGGAGAGAAACUGAAGAAGUCCCUCUUCAGGCUGAAAGAACUCACCAACAAGUUCAGGUAUGCCGUGUUUGGCCUCGGCUCCAGCAUGUACCCUCAGUUCUGCGCCUUUGCUCAUGACAUCGACCAGAAGUUGUCCCAGCUGGGGGCUUCUCAGCUCGCCCCAGCAGGAGAAGGGGACGAGCUCAGCGGGCAGGAGGAGGCCUUCCGCGGCUGGGCCGUGCAAACCUUCAAGGCAGCCUGUGACACGUUCGAUAUCCGAGGCAAACACCACAUUCAGAUCCCCAAGCUCUACACUGCCAAUGUGACCUGGGACCUGCACCACUACCGGCUCGUGCAGGACUCAGAGCCUUUGGACCUCAACAAAGCCCUCAGCAGUAUGCACGCCAAGCAUGUGUUCACCAUGAGGCUGAAAUCGCGGCAGAAUCUACAGAGUCCAAAAUCCAGCCGUACCACCCUCCUGGUGGAACUCUCCUGUGAGGGCAGCCAAGUUCCAAGCUACCUGCCGGGAGAGCACCUCGGAGUUUUCCCAGGCAACCAGCCAGCCCUGGUCCAAGGCAUCCUGGAGCGGGUGGUGGAUGGCCCUGCCCCCGACCAACCCAUGCGCCUGGAGACCCUCUGCGAGAACGGCAGCUACUGGGUCAGGGACAAGCGACUGCCCACCUGCUCACUCAGCCAGGCUCUCACCUAUUUCCUGGACAUCACCACCCCGCCAACCCAGCUGCUGCUCCGAAAGCUGGCCCAGCUGGCCACGGACGAGGCUGAGAGGCAGAGGCUGGAGACCCUGUGCCAGCCAUCUGAUUACAACAAGUGGAAGUUCACCAACAGCCCCACCUUCCUGGAGGUGCUGGAGGAAUUCCCGUCCCUGCGGGUGUCCGCCAGCUUCCUGUUCUCCCAGCUGCCUGUCCUGAAGCCCCGGUACUACUCCAUCAGCUCCUCCAGGGACCACACACCCACGGAGAUCCACCUCACCGUGGCCGUGCUCACGUACCGCACCCAAGACGGCCAGGGCCCCCUGCACCACGGCGUCUGCAGCACAUGGCUCAACAACCUGAAGCCCCAAGACCCGGUGCCCUGCUUUGUGCGAAGUGCCAGCGGCUUCCACCUCCCCGAGGACCCCUCCCACCCUUGCAUCCUCAUCGGGCCUGGCACGGGCAUCGCCCCCUUCCGCAGUUUCUGGCAGCAGCGGCUCCAUGAUGCCGAGCACAAAGGUCUCCAGAGUGGCCACAUGACCCUGGUGUUUGGGUGCCGCCGCCCAGAUGAGGACCACCUCUACCGGGAAGAGAUGUUGGAGAUGACCCGGAAGGGGGUGCUGCAUGAGGUGCACACAGCCUAUUCUCGCCUGCCUGACCAGCCCAAGGUCUACGUUCAAGACAUCCUACGGCAACAGCUGGCGGACAAGGUGCUCCACGUGCUCCACGAGGAUCAGGGCCACCUCUACGUCUGCGGGGACGUGCGCAUGGCCCGGGAUGUGGCCCGCACCCUGAAGCAGCUGGUGGCCACCGCGCUGAGCCUAACUGAGGAGCAGGUGGAGGACUAUUUCUUCCAGCUUAAGAGCCAGAAGCGCUAUCAUGAAGAUAUCUUUGGUGCUGUAUUUCCCUAUGAGGUGAAAAAGGAUGGGGCAGCGGGGCUGCCCAGCAAUACCAGAGCUCCAAGCACCCACAGGAGAAGUUAA